CACACGUGUUUUGGACUGAAGAUAUCGGACAUCCUCAGCAGUCACUGUGAUCUGAUCUGAUCAGUGCGCGCGGAGCUCCAUCUGAUCCGUGCGCGCGCGCUUCUGGAGAGGUUGGGGUCCCAGUCCACCACCGCGCUCCAGACCAAAACGCAUCAUGAUCCGACACAAACGGGACUUUCGGAGCACAACACUCGCUUCUGAGAUCGAGGUCUCCGAGGCAUCCGGACGCAGAGCUCCGAAGGGAAAAAUGCAUGCUCCACGAUGAACUGGGAUGUGGUGGUUCACCUUCCUGUGAAAUAAUAAUGGCUUGCCGGGCUGGGUGCUGCUGCUCCAGCGUCGGUUCUCUAAACGAAGACAACGCCAGGUUUCUCAUGCUGGCUCUGCUGAUCAUCAUCUACCUGUUGUGCGGGGCGGCGGUGUUCUCGGCGCUCGAGCAUCCGAAGGAGACGCUCGCCAAGGAGAGGUGGGCUCAGAGGGUCGAGCAGUUCGCCCGCAAGUACAACCUGAGCCGGGACGACCUCAAGAACUUCCUCAGGAGCUACGAGGAGGCCAAUGUGGCGGGAAUCCGCGUGGACGCCACCAGACCGAGGUGGGAUUUCGCGGGAGCUUUUUAUUUCGUCGGAACGGUCGUUUCAACCAUCGGUUUCGGGAUGACGACACCCGUCACUAUCGCCGGGAAGAUAUUCCUGAUCUUUUACGGGCUCAUCGGCUGCGCUGCCACCAUUUUGUUCUUCAACCUCUUCCUGGAGCGAGUCAUCACGGUCAUCGCCCUCGUGUUGAAGUCCUUCCACGAGCGCAGAGAGCGCCGCAAAGCCGGGCCGCCCCAGGACUGCCGGCGCCCUCCAGACAGCGAGAGCGGCGCCACGGACAGCUUAGCCGGCUGGAAGCCCUCGGUGUACUGCGUCAUGCUCAUCUUAGGAGCCGCCUCCAUCGUGGUCUCCUGCUGCGCCUCGGCCAUGUACUCGGCCGCCGAGGGCUGGGAGUACCUAGACGCCCUCUACUUCUGCUUCGUGGCUUUCAGCACCAUCGGGUUCGGGGACAUGGUGAGCAACCAGCGGGAGGCUUACAGAGCUCCAGCGGCCUACAGGGUGGGCAACUUCCUGUUCAUCCUCACCGGGGUGUGCUGCAUCUACUCGCUCUUCAACGUCAUCUCCAUCGUGAUCAAGCAAGUCCUUAACUGGCUCCUGCGGAGGCUGGAGGCUCCCUGUCGCUGCCCGGGACGAGGGAACCGGCAUCCGCGGAGGAACGUGGUGGUCCCCGGCCACAUGAGGACCAGGCGGGACAACUCCAUCGAGACGGACGGGGUCAACGACAGCGAGGCGGACGGACGGCGGAUGUCUGGAGAGAUGAUCUCCAUGAAGGACUUUCUGGCCGCUAAUAAAGUGAAUCUGGCCAUCAUGCAGAAGCAGCUGUCGGAGAUGGCCAACGGACAUCCUCGUCAGUUAGGAAGCGGCUCGAGACACAACGAGUUCUCCGGAGGGGUCGGAGCGCUGGGAAUCAUGAACAACCGGCUGGCGGAGACGAGCGUAGACAGAUAAAUACGCCGUUUAGACGUGUGAAGUGACCAGAGCACCUCCGAAGUGCGAUCAACCAAGACUGCAGCUUUGGGUCGCGUUCGCUAAUACAUGUCCUGUACAUCCACGGCAAGGUUAACUUGAAAAUGUGUGUACCACGGUUAUUAUAAUAAUAAAAAAAAACACUUUUUAACAGAAGUAAAGUUAAAUAGUAAAAGAAAAUACUUUUUUCAGCUAGAUUCCAAAUCAGCAUUUAUUUUCAUUUAGUUUUAUUUGAUGAAUCGAAUGAAAUAAAAUAAAAUUAAUAACAUUUUACUAGAAAUGGAAAAGACAUAAGUAAAAAGCAUCUUUAUGACUGUGUGAUGUGCUUGUGCUAUUAAAUAUUUUAAAUAUCUAAGACAAGAUAUUAAAAUAUGUAAUACAUACUGCUGUUCAACA